UGGUGAAGCAGCAUCUUGAGUAGCUUUAACAUGUCCGGACGUGGCAAACAGGGCGGCAAGGCGCGGGCCAAGGCCAAGACUCGCUCUUCCCGAGCAGGUCUUCAGUUCCCCGUGGGUCGUGUGCAUCGACUUCUACGCAAAGGCAACUACUCCGAGCGAGUUGGGGCCGGCGCUCCUGUCUACCUGGCCGCUGUACUGGAGUAUCUGACCGCCGAGAUCUUGGAGCUGGCUGGUAACGCUGCCCGGGACAACAAGAAGACGCGUAUCAUCCCUCGCCACCUGCAGCUGGCCAUCCGCAACGACGAGGAGCUCAACAAGCUUCUGGGCCGUGUGACCAUCGCUCAGGGCGGCGUCCUGCCCAACAUUCAGGCGGUGCUGCUGCCCAAGAAGACCGAGAGCCACCAUAAGGCUAAGGGCAAGUAAAUGGAAAGCUGGAAUUUUUGAUAUCCAGUCAUGCAUAACCAAAGGCUCUUUUAAGAGCCACUUACAUAAUCAUUCAAAGGGCUUCCACUUACCUGAAAAACGUUAUGGUGAAUGUGUCUGUCAAAGUAAUCACUUUGAGCAUGGUACGCGUGGGUAUCUGAGAAGUGUAAAUUUAAGACUGCUACAUGUUUGCACGUUAGGCAAUUCGAUCUUAGCGGAAAUUCAAGUGGCAACCUUACUGGUUAGACUUGCAUUUGGAAGUUUAUUUCGUGACAGCAAUAAAGCCACAGGUUAAAUGCUGCUUUGUUGUAAUAGCAUCCCAUGCUUUCCUUCUGUGACUUAAAAUGUUGCCUAAGGCUGUUCAAUCAAAUUGGUAAUAGCAGGGUUAUUUUCCAUAGUAGUUCCCGUGGGUGGUAUUAAAGUAGUAAACAUACGGUAGUGUUAAUGGUGUUUUGAGAAUUUCAUACUAAAAGAUCAUGAUGCAUUUUAGAAACCUGGAAGUUUAAAUCAACAUUAGGAUUUUUAUGUAAAUAUAAUUUUUGCAGGAGAAUGAGAAUUGCCUG